AUGCUCGAUGUACCAGUCUUAUUCGACGUUGGAAGCGAGCGAUCGUUUAUCACUGAUGAACUGGUAAAACGACUCGGCAUCAAAGUGAAACGCAAAGAACCAAUCACGAUUGAUGGAUUCGGAGGAGUAAAAGUGAUGCAUGGUGAGUCAGCACGCAGUCGAGUGAAACUACGAUGUGUCGAUGGGCGAUUCAUCACAAUUACGGUCAAUUCAGUACCUGAAUUAACCGGCGAAAUUCCGGUAGCGGAACUCACUAAGCAAGAUUUUAUCUCGUACGUACAGCACUCGGUGACUUCAUCAGUGGCAGAGGAUCACUAA